AAACGCGUAAAGGGUGAAUGGCGUGGUGAUUACUGGCUUUCCCCCUUGCACGGAAAAAUGAGAUCACGAUUUUCACGGACAGGAACUGCCGCCGCCGUGGAGGGAGGCCGCCGCCUCCCCUCCCUGCGCGGGUCCCGAGUGACAUCACCGGUGAGCUCUGCUGCUCGGUGGAGAGGACUCAGCCCCGGACCAAGUAGGAUAAAGCGGGAAUAACGGGGAUACAGGAGGAGGAGGACUCGGGAAGAGUAGAAGACAAAAGCAAGACCAGGUUUCCCCCCAAUGCCCUGAGUGUGGCUUCGAGGGGGAGGGGUGCUGCACGGGCGCCACAUCCUUACGUGGCCGCACCCCAAAUCCCGUUCCCGCACUGCCCCACCCUCCAGCCGCCCUCAACUCCCAAUUCCAGCAAAAACCGAUAUCCGAAGCGGCGGGGAGAGCUGCCUUGACAGGCCCCAGGGGAACGGCAGAGAGACUUCCGGGCCUGGGAGGACUCAGGCACCCGCAUCUGGGGGGAGUGGGGUGAAGGCGAUCGCCGCUGCGCCCCCGCCCGGCCCGGCCAGCGGCGCCUCCCCCACCCGGGGACAGUAGCCAGAGGGGGGCGGCCGAAGCGCCUCCUCCUCCUCGCCGGAGCCGACGCUGCGGCGGAGGGCGAGGAAGGCGCCUCACCUUGCCCCCGAUGAGGGGCGGAUCAUGCCAUGGCAGCGCCGGCGAGCGGCAGCGGCAGCGGCGGCGGCGGCGAGCGGAGCUCCACCAGCAGCCCCGGGAGCUCGGCCGGAGCCGGGGGCGCUGCGGCGGGAGCCCGGGACAGCAGGGACGCGGGCGGCCGCAGCGCAGCGGUGACGGUGCCCGGUCUCCCUCCGCUCGAGGACUACGAGUGCAAAAUCUGCUACAACUACUUCGACGCGGACCGGCGCGCGCCCAAGCUGCUGGCGUGCCUGCACACCUUCUGCCAGGAGUGCCUGAGCCAGCUGCUGCUCCGCGCCGCCGCCGCCGCCGCCGCGCCCGAGCGCCCGCUGCGCCCGCCGUCCUGGCACGGCCCGCCCGGCGCCAUCGCGUGUCCCGUGUGCCGCCACCGCACGCCCCUGCCCGACAGCCGCGUGCACGGCCUGCCCAGCAACACCAAACUCGCCGAGGCCUUCCCGCUGGCCCUGCGCGCCGCGCACGACCCGCUGCCCCAGGACCGCCUCCCGCCUUUGCCCACUCGCCGCCCAACGCCCGCGGCGGGCCUGCCGCCCGCUCCGGCCCCGGCCCCGGCCCCGGCCCCGCCGCCGCCGCCCAGGGAGGAUGCCGCCCGCGAGCCUCGUGCCCGCGCCGGCCUGCGCGCCUCGGGCGCCUACGAAAGCUGCCAUAACUGCAAGCGCGCCGCGCUCACCGCGGGCUGCGUGUGCGUCGUCUUCUCCUUCCUCUCCAUGGUGGUGCUGCUCUUCACCGGCCUCAUCUUCGUCAACCACUACGGCGGUGGCGGCGCCGGGGAACCCCCCGGCGGCGGCGGGGCGCCGGCUGGCGCGGCCCAGGCUGCCGGGUCGCCCUCGCUCGUGGGGCCCAUCUGCCUGUCGGUGGCCAGCAUUCUGGCACUCUUCUCGGUUGUCGUCACUUGGCUCAUCUGCUGGCUCAAGUACCGAUCCCCCGAGGGCGCGGCCAUGGGCUCGGCUGGGGGCGGCGGCCCGAGGACGCGGGCGGCGGCAGCGGCAGGCGGCGUGCGGGGGAGCGACACGUAGUGGGGCAACUUGCCGGGUCUCCCGCCCGCACGCACCUGCAGUCCUGCGAGGCCCGCGAGGAGGGGGCCUUUGGCUCCGUGCGCUCGAGCUUCUCUGGCCUCCCCCCCCGUGGUCCCCGGACGCGCACCCCCUCGCCGCCCAGCCACUCCGGGGCUUCGGCUUUCCGCCUCUCGGGCUUUCCACGCCCCGCCUCCUCCGCGCUGGGCCGGAGAAAUCGAGGAGGCGGGGAUGCUCGUGGGGAGUCUAUCUCCCCGACUAUGCAAGAUCAACCUCCUCUCCAGGCACUAUCCCCAUCCUCUCCAAAGUGCUCUGCCGCCCUUCCCAGAGUCCGAGGAUUUGCAAAGAGAGGUGGAAAGGGGAGUGGGACCCCCGCCGCCCCGCCUGAACGCUGGUUCUCUGGCUGCCGCGACUUCAGUUUCUUUAAGGGUGCAGGUGCGCGCACACGCGGCUGCAGCAGUUGUGAAUGCGAAUUGUCCGGUGGAAGAAGGAAGGAGCUGCAAACAGAGAAAGGUUUCCCUGCUUUCUGGCGGUCCUGGAAAGCGAGUGAGCCGGAACGCCCAGAGUGGUGUUUACUCCCCGAGGGCACCGCGCGGGCUGGAGCGAGGCGGCCGGGCGCUCCUACAGCCUUCAACUGUGUGAAGCUGCGACAGGUGCACAGCGCGCGUGCGCGCUCCGGGGUGCGGGCGGCCGCGCAGAGCGCUCCAGGCGGAGGAUCUUGCUACCCGGGUCCCGCAGAGACCCAAAAGUCUUGGAAACUGGGCUCCUGGAAAUUUGUGGUGGUUUUAUUCGCGGCGUUACUACCAGGAAGUAAUUUCCUCCUCUGUAACUGGACUCAGGGAAAUUCAAGAGCCUGUUCUCCAUCUCAUCUCAAAACUGACUGACUGUUGCCCCCACCUGGAAGAUAUUGAAAGCUAUUCACGCAGAAAAUAAGCUGCAGGCUUCCCUCGCCCUUUUUCUUAAUUUCAUUUAAAAAUAUAAUUUAUUUAAGAAUAUAUGGAUCUAGAAAUUUUGUGCGAUAAAUUUUCAGAAAAGAUGUUUGACGAGCAGCAACAUUUCUUCCAUAUCUCCAGUCCAAAUACAUUUCGGAAUUAUCAGAGAAAAAGGCGUGUUGGUAACUGAUUCCAGAUUUUGUACUGUGAAACUACUAAUGACUUUCAACUAUCUGAUCAAAUAGAAAUAGUGCCCAAAGACUAAACUGACAAGUCUUUCUUCCUUCGAUUACAAAUGUAUAUUACACUUAACAGAAAAAUAUUUUGAAUUUAGCUAUUUGAUAUAGGAAAUUACUGAAAUGUUCACAUCCAGUCAUAUUAAAUAAAAAAGAAUACAUAUCUGUCUGAUUUUGUAACUAAAAAGAUGAAUUUCAAUGUGUGUUGCAGGUAGAUCCGAAGCCUUUUUAAGGUAAAAAAAAAACAAACAACUGUUCCAGGUGUAUUUUAUAUGAAAACAUUAUUUAUUCCAUCUUUUGAGAUUUGGAAUAAGUCAAAGUUUUCAUACCUAAGCAUCACAGAAACUACUGAGGAUAUACUGUUAUUCCUCAUGUAUUUAUGCAAGCUGUCUGCAUGAUAUUCCUACACUGUUCUAGUACCUGAACCUGAAUGAACAUUUGUAUCUUAUCAUAGAAAGCAGUCAUUUACUGGCCAUUGAUAAGUGAUAUGGCUGUGGUUUAGGAAUUGCAAAAUGAUGUGUUCUAUGUCUGCAUUGUCUUAAUUAAAACAAGCAUUUAUAGAAAAAAACUAUUUUCAUGAAAAUUA